CACUUUCACACGUCCAACAUGGAGUGGGGUAUGAACAUCAUCAAGUACCUGCUAUUCGCUUUCAACCUCAUUUUUGCGCUCUCUGGACUGGCCAUCAUCCUAGUUGGAGCGCUGGUACUGACAGAAGUCGGCAGUUACAGUCACUUCCUGGAGAACAAGGUCCUUGCUCCUCCCAUAGUCCUGAUCAUCGCAGGAUCCAUCGUGUUCUUCAUCGCUUUCCUCGGGUGCUGCGGAGCUAUCAAAGAGAACUACUACAUGCUCAUUGGGUUCGCAGUGCUGCUGUUGGUGAUAUUUGUGAUCGAACUGGCCGUGGGUAUCGCGGCAAGCGUGGCCAAGGAGGAGUUCGCCAGCGCCAUGAGAUCCACGCUGAAGCGUUCCAUGGGGAACUACACUCACUCGCAGACCGAACAGUCGGCUUGGGACUCCAUGCAGAGGAAGCUGCGUUGCUGCGGAGUAGAAGGACCGCAGGGAUGGAAUGAGGUAUUCGCAGACGGUAGUGUGCCAGGAUCUUGUUGUGUCGCCAACGUCCAGAAUGACCCCAACGCUCUCUGUCGCAACUCUGAUGACCCGACACAAGUCUUCCAAGACGGCUGCUACGAGCGACUCAAGACCAAAACCAAAGAUAACAUCGUCAUCAUCAUGGCUGUCGGAAUUGGGAUAGCGUUCAUUGAGCUGUUAGGGAUAGUCCUAGCCUGCUGCCUGGCACAAGCAGUCAGGAAGGAAGAGGAGAUGAAGUAAGCAGUGCAUGACAUCUGAGCGUUGCUCCAGCAUGUUGGAUCUUGCCAUUCACAUGUCACCAGCAAUAUCAGCUGAUUGUGUCGUAAAUAACUGUUGCUUUCUAAUACAUUGUUUACACAACCUCACGCAACCCAGAACAUACUGACUGGGCAAUUGGUAAUAAGCUGCUUCAGGGGGAAAUUCUGAUGAAAUUGUACAAAUGUUGUCCAGAAAACAAAAAUAACUUGCUCACUGCCCCAAGUGCCAUUAGUGGCAGAUAAGUCCAUUCUCAAAAUCACACCAAUAUAGAAUCUGUAACUCAAUAAUGCCAUGGUUUGUAGCGGUAUUUGAGCUGUUGCUAAAAAUACUACAGGGUGGCGCAUAUGUUAG